GGGGGGGGCGUAGUCCUCCGGCUGGCCUAGGCGAGCUGGGGGGGGGGCUGCUUCCGGGUGAUUUGCCCCGCCCCCAUGUGGACCAGGGACUCGGAUGAGCGGUGGCGGGAGACGCGUCUAGGACGGAACCCUUGGGAAGGAUCGAGCUGAGCACACUGCAGACACCUCAGGAGCCCUCAGUUUCAACGAGUCAGCUGUGCCUGCCCCCGUGCCAUCCACCAUGCAGCCCCAGUCUGUUCUGCACAGUGGCUACUUCCACCCCUUGCUUCGAACAUGGCAGGCUUCAACCUCCACCCUCAAUGCCUCCAAUCUCAUCUACCCCAUCUUUGUCACGGAUGUUCCCGAGGAUGUUCAGCCCAUCGCCAGCCUCCCAGGUGUGGCCAGGUAUGGUGUGAACCGGCUAGAAGAGAUGCUGAAGCCCCUGGUGGAAGAAGGCCUGCGCUGUGUCCUGCUCUUUGGCGUCCCUAGUCGAGUACCCAAGGAUGAGCGGGGCUCUGCAGCUGACUCUGAGGACUCCCCAGCUAUUGAGGCUAUCCGUCUAUUGCGCAAGAUCUUCCCCAGCCUCCUGGUGGCCUGUGAUGUCUGCCUGUGCCCCUACACCUCCCAUGGGCACUGUGGUCUUCUGAGUGAGAAUGGGGCAUUUCUGGCUGAGGAGAGCCGCCGCCGGCUGGCAGAGGUAGCAUUAGCCUAUGCCAAGGCAGGAUGUCAGGUGAUAGCCCCAUCAGACAUGAUGGAUGGACGAGUGGAGGCCAUCAAAGAAGCUCUGAUGGCACAUGGACUUGGAAACAGGGUAUCAGUGAUGAGCUAUAGUGCCAAAUUUGCUUCCUGCUUCUAUGGACCUUUCCGAGAUGCGGCUAAAUCAAGCCCAGCCUUUGGAGACCGCCGCUGCUACCAGCUGCCACCCGGAGCACGAGGCCUGGCCCUCCGUGCAGUGGACCGGGAUGUACGAGAAGGAGCUGACAUGCUCAUGGUGAAGCCAGGAAUGCCCUACCUGGACCUUGUGCGUGAGGUCAAAGACAAGCACCCAGAGCUCCCACUGGCUGUGUACCAUGUUUCUGGAGAGUUUGCCAUGUUGUGGCACGGAGCCCAGGCUGGGGCAUUUGAUCUCAAGGCCGCUGUACUGGAGGCUAUGACCGCCUUCCGCAGAGCAGGUGCUGACAUCAUCAUCACCUACUACACACCUCAGCUCUUGCAGUGGCUGAAGGAGUGACAGAGAACACAAGAACUACAACUUUUGGAAAGUUUCCAGAGCCUCAGAGAAGUGCAAACCAAAGUAAAUGAUCUUUCUGAACCAUGCCCUCUUGCCAUCUUCCUGCUCACUGUUACCCAGCCCUGGAUGUUUUCUGCAGCUUGCCAGAUGUUACCUCUGCACCCACAUCCUCACAGACUUUCCCAAGUUUCCCCUCCCUUCCCUUGCAUCAGCUUUAAGGCCCACUCCUUUCUGCCACCCUCUGAUUUAAGGGAGAAACCAGCUGAGAGUCCUGGACUCAAGUUUGGUGGACCCUAGAAGAGGGACUUGGAACACUAAGUAAGAGGAGAGUCGUUGGAUCUUGAAUCUUAAGUUCUGGAAAGUCCUUAGAGUUGAGACUUUCUGUAAUUUCACUGAAGGCACUUCCAGCAUAGCCCAGUGGUUGCCUGACCAUCUGAGAUUUUGUUCUACUCUGAGCCAUAAACCCAAAGAAGAAUUGCUAUUUAAUGAGCAGAAUUAUUACCUAAGGAUCAAACUUCAGAAGCCAAGAGAGUUCUUGACUGUUGGGGAUUCUACCACUGAAAAGGCUUUUUAUUAAAGAACUAAUGUUUGAGAAUGUAUGCUUUUGGCAGAGGCAUGGUGCUUGGGGAGAUAGCAGUAUGUACCUCAGCUUUUCUCUGUGUGGAAUCCUUACAAGGAGAAUGAGGGAGAUGGGCAACAAGAAGCAGAUAAAUAAAGCAGUUUUGAAUUGUA